AUGGGUAAAUCUGAUCAUUGUGCUGUUUGGGGCUGUGAUAAUGAUCGCAGAUAUCCUGACAAGUAUGUAAUAAAAGAACACAUUUCAGCAUUUGAUGGAUGCAAGCACAUUCGUUUUUGGUCAUGCAAAGAGAAAUUCUUCCGUACGUGGUCAAAGCUCAUCAACAGGGAGGUUAUCGACAAAACAUCUGGCAAAAAAACUCUUUUGAAAGUUGGGAAAUCAACAAAGGUAUGUUCCAACCACUUUCAAUACGGAAAGCCAACAGAUUCCUGUCCGCACCCCACAUUUUUUUUGAAGGGGUAUGAUGGGCCUAGUCAACCAAAAAGAAGGCGAUUGGAUCGUUCAGAUCUUUUCAAUCCGACACACAGUGAAGCAACACCUGAAGCAACAACAAAUAGAGUUAACAUCAGUGAAAGUGUAGAAAUUGAUAAUUUUCACGUGUCAGAAGUCAUUGCUGGAGAAAAUGCUGAUAACCAUCCUGUUCAUGAAUCUGUUGAUAUCACUCAAAGUGGCUUGGACACUUCCAAAGAACGUCGUGCACAUCGAUUGUCUUGGGAUUCUAUUUCUGGUAACAACCCCAUCAUAAAAUUAUAUACAGGUUGCCGCACUGCCAAAGUUUUUUUGUUCAUUGUGGAUCGUGUCAGAUCAAAGCAUGGCAAGAUCUCUUAUUUUAAAGGCAAGAAUUCAUUCCAGGUUAAAAACUACCAGCACAGCCCAUCAAAGCCUUUGUCAAGAAAAAAGACUGGACCAUCCCGCCAACUCAAACUGGAAGAUGAAAUUCUUUUAACCCUGAUGCGCAUUCGUCUGGACCCUCCAAUUGAAGACCUUGCUUUUCGAUUUAAAAUUUCUGCUAGCCAUGCAUCAAAAAUAUGUACAACCUUUUUUGUGUUGUUGGCGCGAGAGCUGGAGCCACUCAUUUAUUGGCCAACACUAGAAGAAACUCUAGCAUUCAAGCACCCCCACUUUUCUGGGGACUUUAACAAGGUUGAAGGCAUUGGUGAUUGCACUGAACAAGUUAUUCAAAAGCCUGCAAAUUCCAAGGCUCAGUACCAAACAUACAGCACAUAUAAGAGCAGAAAUACCCAAAAGAAAUUAAUAUUCUGUACAAAAGGAGGAUCAAUUAGUUUUGUGUCAAGGUCCUAUUCUGGCUCUGCUUCAGAUCGUUUUAUCACAGAAGACUCCAAUGUUGUGCAGAAAUUUCAUCCUGGGUUUAUUGCUAUGUUUGACAAGGGUUUCACAGUUCAGGAUAUAUUUCUUCCCAGGCAAGUUAAAGUUAAAGUGCCACCCUUCGUUCGAAGCAAAAGACAGUUUACACCCUCAGAAAUAUCUGAAUGUAAACGAAUUGCAAGAGCAAGAAUUCACAUUGAGCGUGUUAUGGGAAGACUGAAGGAAUUUAGACUACUGGAUCAUACUUUACCUCUAACCUUGUUAGAUAUAAUUGAUGAGGUCUGGUUAAUUGCAGCUGCUAUUACCAAUUUGCAGCCACCACUUGUAAAAGGACAGCCUCGUGACUAG